AUGGAAUUCGGCAACCUUGAGCAUGCACAUCUGAAUGCAGAAGAUGUAUUACGAAAAGCAACACAACUGGAAAAUGAUAGUUGGGCCUUUCGAACGUUUCCGAUCCAAUCCAGAUUUGUAGAAAAAUUACAUAACAAGGCUGAAUUUGCGGAUUUAUUGAAAGAAGUCUGUAUAACUGUCUUUUGUGAUAGUCUGAUCAACGCAAUGUCGGAUACAGAGGCCAUCAACGGUGAUGAAAGUCGUAGCUGUUUCGCCGCCCAGGAACGUCUCAUGGAAUCUAUUAAAAGCGAUGCCCUCUGUUACGAAUUCGACAAAAAUCGUGAUGAAUCUGACAAUGAAGAUAUCAAUGAGGAUAGUCCCGACCACCGCCAUCACUGGAUCGGAAUUUAUCAA